GAGAGAUAUAAGCCAGCCCCAUCCGAACAGGGGAGCUGGAAGGUGGCGAUCCAGGAGCCGGAGAGGAGAGAGUUUAUAACAGGAGGACAUAGGCUGGAGCAGAGGGACAGCGCCUGCUCCCAGAGACCUUGCUCCCCAAGCUGGGAGACCUUGGCUUCCUCCCAACCCCUUCUCCUUGACGAGAGCCUCUGAAAACAGCCCAGCGCCUUGCUCCCAACCAGCAGAAGGGAGCAUGCCUGGGGCAGCUGGGCCGGGGAGGAAUUAAAAGCCCCAGGAUGGUGCUGUGGACAUGUCCUCAUAUCUUCCUUCAGGUAUUUAUCCUCUGGAUUAGCCCCGUCUUGGCUUCCAUCCAGGAUCAAUACUGUGAGAAUUUACCUCCGAGCAGUAACACCACUGGUCUCCAGUGCAACGCCUCCAUAGACCUGAUCGGUACAUGCUGGCCCCGGAGUGCUGUGGGGCAGCUGGUGGCCCGCCCCUGCCCCGAAUACUUCUACGGAGUCCGAUACAACACCACAAACAACGGGUACAGAGAAUGCCUCGUGAACGGGAGCUGGGCAGCGCGCGUCAAUUAUUCCCAGUGCCAGGAGAUUCUCAGCGAGGAGCGGAAGAGCAAGCUGCAUUACCACAUUGCCGUCAUCAUAAACUACCUGGGCCACUGCGUCUCGCUAGGGGCCCUGCUCCUUGCCUUUGUCCUCUUCAUGCGCUUGAGGAGCAUCAGAUGCCUGCGGAACAUCAUUCACUGGAACCUGAUCACAGCCUUCAUCUUACGAAAUGCCACCUGGUUCGUGGUGCAGCUCACAAUGAACCCAGCCGUGCAUGAAAGCAACGUGGCCUGGUGCCGCCUGGUCACAGCCGCCUACAAUUACUUCCACGUCACCAACUUCUUCUGGAUGUUCGGUGAGGGCUGCUACCUCCACACAGCCAUUGUGCUCACCUACUCCACCGACAAGCUCCGCAAGUGGAUGUUCAUCUGCAUCGGCUGGUGUAUCCCUUUUCCGAUCAUUAUUGCCUGGGCCCUUGGAAAGCUGUACUAUGACAAUGAGAAAUGCUGGUUCGGGAAGCGAGCAGGAGUCUAUACCGAUUAUAUCUACCAAGGCCCCAUGAUCCUGGUGCUCCUGAUCAACUUCAUCUUCUUAUUCAACAUCGUCCGAAUCCUCAUGACCAAGCUCCGAGCCUCGACCACCUCGGAGACCAUGCAGUACAGGAAAGCAGUGAAGGCCACGCUGGUCCUGCUGCCGCUGCUGGGCAUCACCUACAUGUUGUUCUUCGUGAAUCCGGGGGAAGACGAGAUCUCCCGGGUCGUUUUCAUCUACUUCAACUCCUUCCUGGAAUCUUUCCAGGGCUUCUUUGUCUCUGUCUUCUAUUGCUUCCUGAACAGCGAGGACUUUGCGGGUGUGUUUGUGCCCUGGAGAAGGAAGAGUUGGUUCAGCCAUGGCUCUUCACACCUCUUGAAUGGCACCCCGGAGUCCUGCCUUUUCUCCGCACGUCUAGGACACCUCAAGAGGGACUGCUUCCAAAAGACUAGAGCCAGGAAGGGGCUGAAUACCCUCAGAUCCAAGGGCAGCCGAUGAUGGUCAUCAGAAGCAUCAGGGCACAAAAUACAAAGCCAGGGCACAAAAUACAAAGCAGAACCUGCUCCUGCUAUUUCUUUUUGGGUACCAAAUGAACUAAAAUUGGGUGAUGAUCUGUAGAAUUAACCUGGCAACUUGGAAGGCAGUGUGGCCUAGUGGACAGAGCUGAGAAGACAUGGGUUCUCUUCCCAGCUCUGUCCUGGGGCAAAUUACUUACCCACUCUGCGCUGCAUCUACUGCUAACAAGUACGCUGUGGGUAUUACUAUUCCUGUCACUUUAAUGUGAGCCCCAUAAGCCCGCCCCCUUUGCACCUCUGUUCCCCAUCUGUUACGGGGGUCAUGAUAUGCGAGGGGAGUUGGGUGGGAUCAGCGGUGUGGUUUGCAGACAGGAAGUGCUAAUUAUUAUUAUGAUAUGUUUGAAAAAUGAUUACAUGGCUGAAGGACAUAAAUUCACACCAUGCAUAGGAGUUUAUUACACACAGA